UGUCAUGGAGCAGCUCCAGGAGGCUCUCCUGUUGCUGCACGUCCUCCUCUCUUCCGUGAAAACAUGCUCUGCUGUCCGCCUCAGACCACUCCCUCUCAGUCUCAGAGGGAACGGAAGAGCAGUGAACUACUUUUUCUGUGCGGCUGUUUAAAGACUAUGUUCACAGCAGAGAAUGGCGGACGUCACAAUUGAGGAGCUGCAGUGUGAGCUUACCUGCCCGGUGUGUCUGGAGCUGUUCAGGGACCCGGUCAUCCUCGAGUGCGGACACCACUUCUGCCAGGUGUGCAUCCUUCAGUGCUGGGAAAUCAAGGCCGACGAGUUGUCGAGUUGCCCAAAGUGUAGAAAGUCUAGCGGCGGGAGACUGCGACCCAACUCGCUGCUGUGCAACGUGGUGGACAGUGUGCGCAGAGCCCGGUGCAUGGACACUGCCUCGGGGAUAACCGGGUGGGACUCAGGGGGUCCUCUGGAGGAGCCGGAGGAGCGGGAGCCGGGGUCCAGCAUGAGCAGCCUGGCCUCCUCCACCGGGCACUGGCCGCGCCUGGGUAUGGAUAUGUGCGAGGAGCAUGAGGAGAAGCUGAAGCUCUACUGUGAGGACGACCAGCUCCCCAUCUGCCUGGUUUGCGGCAUGUCCAGGGACCACAAGACCCACAAUGUCAUCCCCAUUACAGAGGCCUUUGAAAACUACAAGGAUAAGCUGUCUAUCGCUCUGGAGAGGGUUGAGCUGCAGACAGAGGAGGCCACGCUCUUCCAAAGCCAGACCAAUGAAAGGAUCCUCCUCAUUAAGGAGCGAGCAGGAGAUCUGGAGGAGAUGGUCACCGCAGAGUUUGGCCGUCUGAGGGAGUUCCUGCUUGAGGAGGAGGAGCGCAUAAAGGUGAAACUUCAGAAUCAAAAAGAGCAGAAACUCAAACAGCUGGAGGAGGCGCUCACUGAGACCACAGAGCAAAUCAGCCAAAUGGAAAAUAUAGCUGACGAGCUUCGCCUCAAACUGACAGAAGAGGAAAACCCUGAGCAACUCAAGGGAAUCAAAGACUUCAUUGGAGGGGCUCAUAGCUUUUUUGAGCAGCCCCCACAGGUGACUGUGGAUCUGCAGUCAGGAGAGUUCCUGGGACCUCUGCAGUACAGGACCUGGAGGAAAAUGAGCUCAAUUUUUCAGCCAGCUAUCACCGCUGUGACCCUUGACCCGAACACAGCUUACCCCUGCCUGUGGGUGUCCCCGUGUUGCACCAGCGUCCAGGUGGGGAGAAUCCAGACCAACCUGCCCAACAAUCCAGAGCGCUUCACCCGCUACAACAUCGUCCUGGGCUCUGAAGCCUUCUCCUCUGGGAGACACUACUGGGAGGUGGAGGUGGGCAACAAGACAGCGUGGGGUCUGGGCGUGGCCACCGCCUCCGUCAACAGGAAGGAGGAGAUCAGCCUCUGCCCAGAUGACGGCUUCUGGACCCUAGUGCUGAGGGACAACGGUGACGGCAGCAGCGAGUACGAGGCAUGCACUGACUCAGAGGAGACCAUGAUAUAUCCCUCCAAACCCCCCAGCAGGGUGGGGGUCUAUCUGGACUAUAGUUCUGGUGACGUUGGGUUUUAUGAUGCAGGAAACAUGGCCCACCUCUUCACCUUCUAUGGUGCAAAAUUCAAAGAGCCUGUUUUUCCGUACUUUAAUCCCUGGCCAAUUAUCAACGGAUACAACAGGGAGCCCCUCACCAUAGUUACACCACACUGGGGAUAGAUUCCCCCUUCAUCUCAGAACAGAUCCAGAAUAAAACUGCAGGACAAAGUUCAUCAGAUGUGGUGAUAAUGAACUUGGAAGUGACCCUGAAACUUGAGACUUUAAAUAAGAAGAUGAAACUACUAAAGGACAAGUGUCAGACAAUGUCAGACAAGUGAGACUUUAGAACACAUGGCUGUUGAUACUCUAUUUUUCUUAUAGUCAACACAUCAAAAGAAAAUAUUUGUAAUGUUGGAUAGCGGUGUGCCUGGCCUCUCUGGACGAGCUUUCACUACGGGCCCCCGCAUGUUUCCACCUGACACCGUCCGUGAACUUCCUACCAGCAAUUCUCAGAUUGUCUCAUUGAUGUUAUCAUGUUCCCGAUAAGCAGUUAGUCUAAAUCCAAAGAUAUUGCGAAAUAGGUGCUUUUCGCUUUGACAUCAAAUCCUCCGCCUUCCUGUUUCUCAACUCUCUGUGACACCCCCGCUGCUCUGUGCUGCAAAUCUGCCGCUGUGAGGAUCAGGCACUUUCAAUUUGUUGUUACAGUGUCCACCAAUUCGACUAAGAAUGUGGUUUUAUUUCUAUAAAAAAAGGCUAAAAGAGAGUGAGUUGGGAAGUAAUUGAAUCAGUGUAUGCCAGAACACUAUUUCACCAGAAAAACUGACUAUGAUGGCCUACUAACAAAUACUGUCUGUGUAGCCAAAGACGGAUAUAUUUCAUAUCUCUAUGACGUAUAGGAACAUCAUCAACCUCAUGGCAUGUUUACUGCCCUGAAGCUGUGACACUUUAGACAGGUGUGCUUUUCCAAGUCAUGUUUUAUGAACUGCAAAGAUCACAACUCCAAUCCCGCCUUUGAAACCUCUCAAAGAUGAUUAAGAGAAAUGAGGGACACCUGAGAUACAUUUUAAGAGCCAAAGGGUCUUCUUAUGCCAUCAUUAACUUUUUAUUUUUAAUACAUUUGCUUGUUAAACCCUUUUUUCACUUUGUCAGCACAAGCUUUUAAGAACAAAUGUCAGUAAACAUGAAUGGGCUUGGUGCUGGGAGCCAAAUGAGUACAGAGAAACAGACUAAUUUUUGUGUUGCUUUUAGUGUUGUUGAGAAGAAACACAAAGAAUGGCCAUAUCCUAUUUUGUAUUUGUUCUGAAUUCAUUAGAAAAGUGGUAGGUCAUAUCGCUUUGUAAUGUAGCCAAAGACUUAAAGGGUCCAUGACAAGUUUUUGAUUUCUAGGAGCCUAUGAGUUAUCAUGUGACAGCUAGCUGGUGCUCAAAGAUACACACAAUGCAAUUUGGACACUGAAUGGUUGUUUGAAAAAACAUUUCAAAAUUGUAUUAACAGUCAAUGCAGAAUAUUUUAGUGUGUGUUUUGGAACAAUAUCUAACAUUAUAAUAUCAUAUAUUUUAAACCCGUUUUAUAGCUGUUGUAUAUCCAAUCAUGUUAUUCUAAUAACAUGUAGAGUUCAACUGAGGAAAUGAUGUGUAAAGCAGAUGACUACUAAUAUUCGUUUCUAAAUGCCUUUUACUUUACAAGGUAAAUAUACAUGAAUGUUCCAUCACAAUUAAUACAACAAAUGAUUGAUCAGAAAUAUUUUCUGAGUGUUUUUGAAGUUUUUAAUAAGGAAAACACUAUCUAGAAAUGUGCCGUUAGAUUUGAAUAAUUCGAUUAAAUUUCCUACUAAUGUUGUUGUUUCAUUUGAUUCCACUAGAGGGCGCCCUCAUCUAGCUUUGAAGGCAGCAUCACUGUCUCUCUGUGUUCUUUAUAAUACAACUUUAAACUUGUUCCUAUAACCAUAAGGAAGCUAUCUGCAGACAAAAUAAAGCUUUAGGUAACGUCU